CAAGUAGAUGAGCGUAUGUGUAAGCAGAAAAAGCAAACCGUACAUUUACAAAGUUACCAAAUCCAGCGUUUUUAAUCUAACCUCACAUUCCUCUCUUCAAAAUCGGCAGUCCACUCAUUGCUCACUCUCUCUCAGAAAAAAAUGUAGAGUUUUGAAUUAUCCACCCUGGCCGCCCCCCUUCACGCGUAUUCAUCUGUGGUCUCCCACUAUAUAUUCCUCUCUCCUUCCCCCUUUCCCCUUAGCAGAUGUAAACCAAUCUCUCUGCAUCUGUUUCCCCCAUUUCCCACUCCUCUGGAUCUCUCUAUCUCUCUCUCAAUCAUUCCCCCCACCAUUCAAUAUCCAGAGAGAGAAGAGACCUCCAUUCAUUCCCCCUUCUCCUUGUUUUGAUUGACAAAUAAUACGACACAAUGCCUUCAAUGGCCGCGGAAGAACUCUUUCUCCCCUCCACGCCGGGGAAAUUCAAGGAUAAAUCGCACUCGAUGCACCGCCAAUUGCACCGCUGCUUCGCCUCCACGAGCACCAUGUUCCUCUGGGCGCUCUUCCUCGUCGCGCUCACGGCGGCCUACCUCAGCUUCCAAUCCUUCGUCGACUCCGGCAGCAAGUACUUCACCACCGCGUGGGGCGGGAUCCACUGGGAGAAGCAGGUCCGCGCUUCCGCCCAGAUCCACCGCAGCAACGGCUUCUCCGUCCUCGUCACCGGCGCCGCCGGAUUCGUCGGCACGCAUGUCUCCCUCGCCCUCAAGAAGCGCGGCGACGGCGUUGUCGGUCUCGACAACUUCAACAACUACUACGACCCCGCCCUAAAAAUGUCACGCAAGGAGCUUCUCAACUCCCACGGUGUGUUCAUCGUGGAGGGCGACGUCAACGACGCCAAAAUGCUGGCGAAGCUUUUGGAGAUCGUGCACUUCACCCACGUUAUGCACCUGGCGGCACAGGCCGGCGUGCGCUACGCCAUGGAGAACCCCCAUUCCUACAUCCACAGCAACAUCGCCGGCCUCGUCACGCUUCUAGAAGCAUGCAAGAGUGCCGACCCCCAGCCGUCGAUCGUGUGGGCCAGCUCCAGCUCCGUCUACGGAUUGAACGAGAAAGUCCCCUUUUCCGAAUCCGAUCGCACCGACCAACCCGCCUCUCUCUACGCCGCUACCAAGAAGGCCGGAGAGGAAAUCACCCACACAUACAACCACAUUUACGGUCUAUCCAUAACCGGCCUCAGAUUCUUCACAGUCUACGGGCCCUGGGGAAGACCCGACAUGGCUUACUUCUCCUUCACCCGGAAUAUUCUUCAAGGCAAACCCAUCACGGUAUACCGGGGGAAAAACCACGCCGAUUUGGCCCGGGAUUUCACCUACAUUGACGACAUCGUGAAGGGGUGCUUGGGCUCGUUGGACACGGCGAAGAAGAGCACGGGAUCGGGCGGGAAAAAGAGGGGCCCGGCUCAGUUCCGGAUCUUCAAUCUGGGCAACACCUCACCCGUGACGGUGCCGAUGAUGGUGGGGAUAUUGGAGAAGCAUUUGAAGGUAAAGGCGAAGAAGAAUUUGGUGGACAUGCCCGGCAACGGUGACGUUCCCUUCACGCACGCCAAUAUCAGCUACGCGCGGAGGGAAUUCGCGUACAACCCGACAACCGAUUUGCAAACCGGGCUCAAGAAGUUCGUCAAAUGGUACUUAUCGUAUUAUGGUUACAAUCACGGCAAGUCUGUAAAGUGAUUUUUAUAUUUUUUUUAUAUAUAUUUUUAGGGAUUUUUUUUUCCCUUUUUUUGAUAAAAAAGAACGAAGGAGAAAAAACAUGGGGAAUGGAUAAAGGAAAGGUGAAUACAUUAUUUUCUUAUCUUCUUCUUUUAGAGGAUUUGUAUGUUUUCUUUUCAUGUAAAAAAAUCAUAAGGUUUUCAUCAAGUUUGUCUAAA